AAGUUAGCCACAAAAACAUGGGUAAACCUAAAAAAGCGAAUGUUGCCUCCGUGAGGAAAGUCCCCUUAGAUGAACAGAUUAUGGAUGGCAAAGUGGCUAAACAAAAGGAUAGGAAAAAAAUUAAUUUCAGAGCUGAAGAAUCGUCGGUAUUGGACAGUAAAACUAGUAAGAAAAUUUUGGCUGUUGCCAAACAACAACAAUUGGAAUUCAAUGAAGAGAACUUCCCCAGUUUGACUCCCAAGAAAUCGGUUAACUUUAAUUUGGGUGAUGAUAUCAAUGAAGAAGAUGAAAAUAUUGAUGUCAAUGAAAAUGAUUUUAUGGAUGAUCUCCAAAUCGAUGAAGAAGAUGCCAAAGCCUUUGAACGUUUCCAAAAUCCACAGGGUGGUAAACGUACUCUGAAGCUGUCGCAAAUUAUUAUGGAUAAAAUCCAAGAGAAACAGGCUGAUAUUCAAACAAAACUCUCUGAUGAGGGUUCUCUUAAGAUUGAGGAACUUGAUCCUCGUGUUAAGGAAAUGUACGAAGGCGUUCGUGAUGUCAUGAAACGUUAUCGUAGCGGCAAAGUUCCUAAAGCUUUUAAGAUUAUACCCAAGCUUAGGAAUUGGGAACAGAUUUUAUUUAUCACAGAACCACAUAAUUGGAGUGCUGCGGCUAUGUUCCAGGGGGCAAGAAUCUUCUCAUCGGUUUUGUCUCAAGCUAUGGCUCAACGUUUCUAUAAUUUGGUAUUAUUGCCCCGUAUUCGUGAUGAUUUGGCGGAAUAUAAAAAAUUAAAUAUGCAUUUGUAUAAUGCAUUGAAACGUGCCCUGUUCAAACCUGCCGCCUUUAUGAAGGGUAUAAUUUUGCCAUUGUUGGAAGCCGGCGAUUGUACAUUGAGAGAAGCGAUUAUUUUUGGCAGUGUUAUUGCCCGCAGUUCAAUACCUGUCUUACAUUCUUCGGCAUGCCUGCUGAAAAUCUGUGAAAUGGGCUAUACUGGUGCCAAUUCUAUCUUCAUUCGUUAUUUCCUUGAUAAACGUUAUGCUUUGCCAUAUCGUGUUGUCGAUGCUGCUGUUUUCCAUUUCUUGAGAUUUGAAAAUGACAAACGUGAAAUGCCAGUUUUAUGGCAUCAAAGUUUAUUAACAUUUGUUCAACGUUACAAGAAUGAUAUUUCAUCCGAACAAAAAGAAGCUUUACUUGGAUUAUUAAGAAAACAAUAUCAUCCAAAACUGACACCAGAAAUUCGAAGAGAAUUACAGGCUGCUACAUGCCGUGACGUCGAAAUGAUGGAAGCUGAUGACAAAUUGGGCGCGGAGCCAGUUGAAAUGUACACAGAUCAAGAUGUAGGCUAUAUGCAAGAAUAAUGGCUUGCAAGGAA